AUUAUUCAACAUCGCCAUCUGGAGGUAAAUACAGUUCUUAUGUUAUUGCACCAAAUAAACAACGAAAUCUACCUCCAAUUAUUUAAACCUAGAAGUAACAACUUUUUGAUUAAUAUAAAAGUUCUGAUUCUUAACAUUUGCGGAGUAAAGGAAAUAACCAAGACACGACUUACUGCAAGCCCUGCAAGCUAAUGUGACUAAACUGGAACCAUUUAAAAUGUAGCUGUAUGGCUGACUAAACACUAAACACCGAGAGAUGCAUGCUUGAUUAAUCGCAAAAAUUGUCUAAUUUUCUAUAACGACCCCCGUUUUGUACAAGCUUUCAGGCUGAGUACAAAGUAAAGAUCUUACAAUAAUGAAUUAUCUCACAGGUCAAAGACCGCGCAUAUUUAGUGUCGUCGUCUGCGAUGUGCGUCUGCAGAGACUGCGUGUGACGCAGGCGACCAGCAGCCAAUGGCGGGAGACACACGCGCAGCAGAGUUGCGCAGUUACAUGAUCCCAUCAGUGUUAACAGUGCUUUAUCAACGUCAGCAGUUUUUAACAACAGAGACAACAAAGUCCUGCAUGGUGUUCGAGGGAUUGAGGCGGUUUCCACAUCUUCUGAGUUUACCCACGGUGCCAUUGUGCACCUGAUCGAAGCCAUGCAGAGGUGCUGGGACGUUUACAGCGCACGGGAGCGAUCGCUUCUCUUCCAGAGCGUCCAAAAAGAACUGGAAAGUCACGGUCACUCCUUACCUGUCGAGAAGAUUCGCAGAAAAUGGAAUAACCUCAUCGUUACAUACAAGAGAGUUAAAGAUCGCAGCUUGUUGUGUGGCGGCCAAACAAAGACCUCGUGGGAGUACUUUGAGAUGAUGGAUAAUAUAUUAGGAAAGACUAAGUUUGUUCAGCGAGGCCCUGCUUCAGCCACUCUUGUUGGAUUUGCAACUACAGCCAAAGCAUCUGUAAAGUCUGAGGAUCCUCCAUCCAGCAGUGUUCCGGUGGCUGCGGUGGCCGCUCCGUGUCUGCUUCCCACCGGAAUCAUCACAACCUCUUCCCAGAUCCCGACGCUGGUGACAUCCCCAGUGCUCUGCAAGGUCAGCCCGAAACUGACCGCCAGCCCCUCCUGCAGCACAGACGCACCUCUGCCGUCCCCUUCACCAAAGCCAGCUCCGCCGGUGAACCGCCAGCCUCUGAAGCGGAGGUUACGGCACCUCCGGCUCAACUCCGCCGCCUCUCGUGUCGCUCAGCAGCACGGGCAGGCUGAGGAACGCACUUUACUUCUUCGCAAUUUCCUCAGCGGUCAAGAAGAGCGAGCUCGUUUAGACGAGCAACACCAGCGCAAGACAGAGGCGCGCGAGCGGCGCAGGGAGAGAGCGGCGCGGGCCACGGCUGAUGCCAUGGGCAGGAUGGCGACGGCGCUGGAGCUGAUCUCGUCCAAACAGGACACCAUCAUCGCGCUGCUUCAGAGGCUGGCUGAUAAACACUGAGAGAUCUUCCUGUUUCUCUUCUGCUAAUAUUGCUUUUGAAAAUGAAUUGAAUUUGAUUUGAAGUGUAUGAACUGUAUCCCGUUGUUAAUAGUAUAUUUAAGUCAUUGAUUUGGGGUCCUGGUUACUGUUAAAAGCUUGAAAGCAAAAUGUAAAAACACAAACAUAUGGACUCUUUAACACAUUAUCAUACAGUGCCUAAAAAAAGAUGUUUUCAUGUUUUAUUGUCUUACAACAUUGUUCCACAGAGGGUUUUUAGUUUUGACUGCGAUUUGACACUCAAUAACAGUAUUGUUUAAUGUCAAAUGUUCAGUCACAAAAAUUAUUAUUACAGUUGUAAAUGAAGGGGAAAAAACUCUUUUGGAAGAUGGACAGUUUUAAAAUGAAAAAUAAGAAUAAACUUGUAGUAAUUAUU